UACACAUGAUGUUUCUAGCUUUCAUUUGUCUUGGCAGGAAAUUCAUCUUUUCUCUUCCCUUUCCCACCCCCUCCUUUCUCUGUUGCCAGAUGCUGUUCUUCCCUGCCUCACUUCUAAUCCUGAUAAAGUUAGGGUAAGCUCAUUUAAUGCACGCUGCACAGUGUCUGGGGAGACGGAGUGAAGACAACAGUUUAAAGCAAGCAUCUUAACAAUCUCCAGAACUUCACCUUGAGAAAGGAGCCCAGAUGUAAGUUGUGAGCUGAAAAUGAAGCCAUAAGGGGAAUUUUACCAAAGCUUCUAUGUUGGGACAGAGAGUCAGAAUGCAGCCUGUGCCUCUGCAUAGUCUCUCAGAGCUGGAGAGAGCCUGUCUGCAAGAAAUCACCUUUUACCAGCUGCAAAAAAAGAACAUGAUCAGUGGUAUCAGCCUUUCUAAAGCUGAACCCAAACGCAACAAAUUCAUCCGAAGGAAACUGGAGAACUCCUCCAAGGAGAAGAAAGACUGUUGUCCCCAGGUCUUUGGGAUCCCGCUCUCCCAGGUCAUUGCCAAUGACUGGACACACAAGCAAAUGCAGGAAGCAGUGAAAGGCAGCCGCAGAGACUGCCUGGAGGUAGAAGCGACUGUGACUAAAUUUCGAGCUCAGAUUCAGAAGAAAUCCCCUUUCGGCAGAGGCUGCGUGCUGGGGCCCGGUGGAGAGUUUGCAGAUGAGCCACUCUCUCCUACUUUUCUGGACAAUGUGUCCCGGAACCACCGAAGGGGGGGAAUGUCUGUGGACUCCAUUGCUGAUUUGGGUGACAACACCUCCAGGCUGCUGGAAGCUCUGCAGCUGUCACAUCCCAAUGAGCUGGAUCUCAGGAGAACCUUGGAGAGGAACAAGACGUUAAGCCUCAAUCCCAUCUACAGGCAGGUCCCGCGUGUCGUGGACAGAUGUUGCCAGCAUAUUGAGGCAUACGGACUCCAGACCGUGGGCAUUUUCCGUGUCGGAAGCUCUAAGAAAAGAGUUCAGCAGCUGCGGGAAGAAUUCGACCAGGGAUUUGAUGUUUUCUUGGAUGAUAGUCACUGUGUCCACGAUGUGGCAGCUCUGCUCAAAGAGUUUUUCCGGGACAUGCCUGAUUCCCUGAUUCCCAGGGAACUCUACUCAGCCUUUGUCAGUACGGCCUUCAUGGAACGCAAGGCCCAGCUCUCCAUGCUGCAGCUGCUGGUGUACUUCCUGCCUCCCUGUAACAGUGACACCUUGUACCAGCUAUUGCAGUUCCUGAACAAGGUGGCACAGCAUGCCCAGGAGUCCACAGGUCAAGAGAGACAAAAGAUUCCUGGAAAUAAAAUGACAGCCUCAAAUUUGGCUACAAUUUUUGGUCCCAACCUCCUGCAAAGAGAGAAGCUUCUGGAGAGAGACCCCAGUGCCCAGGCCAUGGAAAUGGAAAACAGCGCUUCUAUCAUCCUCGUGCUUCAGAGUUUAAUUGAGAACUAUGAAGCCUUGUUCAUGGUGUCUCCAGAAGUGCAGCAUGACAUCCUAAGGAGGCUGUUUCAGAGAGAGCCUGAUGUCAUUGACUAUCUCUUACGCAGGAAGUUCAACACCACUCUCACAGACUGUGAUACAUCUACAGAGAAGCAUCCUCGCUCCCUACUGGCCAGCCAAACCUGCAUGCUGGCAAGUGAUCAGGUUUCCUCGCAUCUGUACAGCCACGUCUCAUUCCUAAACCUGCAUAUUGAGAAUAAGCAGACCCAGGGCAGCCGAAGCUCCACCCUCAUUUUUAAUACAUACCAAAUGGGGCAACUUGUCCACCACAAAAAGACAGACGUGGUCACCCAGGAAAGAAUGGGGACAUCUUGGGAAGCAUAAAUCUCUGAGGGGACUUCUCCAUUCAAAGUUAUCAGCCUUCUAAUUCAUAUCAGUGCAGCUCCCCAGGUGGGAGGCACUAGUAUAAACUGCCCAGAUGUUUCACUGCCAUAUAGCAGAGCUAGAACAGAUAGUGCUAAACAUGUAGGAGCUCCGUCUACAUAAGUACUCUCACUGAUGCUGCCCCAGGGAAUUACAUUCUGAUUUCUGCCAAUGUAGAUAAGGCCUGAGGAUACAUUCCGCUGAAUUUCUGCCUGGCCUCGCCAAUGAUUAGCAAGAACGUACAGAACAUGUAGAGUUAUAUAAAGGGUCGUCUGUAAAAUUCUUGUUUGUUAAAGUCUGCUGGAGAGUUAGCAUAACACAGAGUUCUGUAUGCGUGUGUGUUCAGUAGGCAGAGUGUGUGCAAUGGCAAGGAAAGCACAGUUUCUGUGUCUGUGAGGCCUGAUGGCAGUGUGUGCCUGUUGCUGGUAUCAAGCCUAAAAAGCCCUGGGGCUGCAUUUUCAUCUAUCGAGAAACCUAAGCUGAUGCAGAAUAUGGCGCCUGCUUGCUAACGUAAUCGGUGCAUCUAGUGGCAGCUCACGUUUCUUGCACUCUGGGAUCUGCCUGUUGGUUUCUGGGUGGACUUUAAGGUGUUGGUUUUGGCCUACAAAGCCCUGACCUGCUUGGAGCUGCCUACCUGAAAGGCCUCUCUGCCCAUGCUGUGUUGCCACUAGCAGAGGCCCUUGAGCUGGACCCUUAUAAAAGGAGAGCACUCUCUGCUAGGGCCCCUUUCCUUCAGAUCACUCGCUGACAAGUUCCCCAAUAGUCCCAACCUGUUGACUUUCCAAGGCAUGUUGCAAAGCUCAUCGGAUGGGACGGGCACAGGGGUAAGUAGGCAGCUAAUGCCAGGUUUGUCUAGGAGGAAAGUGCACUGGGAUUUUCAGCUAGACAGAUCAUACGAUAUGGGGGGCUUAGACAAGAUCAGGAGAGAAAUGGUGCUGCUCUGGAUGGUGCUUUGUAACUCCCAGGUUAUUGUGUUUGUAAAUGUGUGGUAAGUAUCUCCAGAGCUUUGGAUGGGAGCUCUUUGGGCUGGAUUUUCUUUUAAGUCAAAAUAAAUAAAUAUAUAUGCAAACCAAAAAGAGUAACUUUAACAUUUUAUAAAGGCAUAGUAGCACCUCUGUGUUAAGAUUAGAUCCAGUUUUCAUUUGAAGCAAGAUUUCAACCUCUUUGUUUUGUAUGGAGAAUGCAAUGUAUCUCCCCCCAAUUUACAGCUCAUGAAUUGUGGGUAAAGACUGAAUUUUCUGAGCAUUUUCAACUAUAUCUGUUUAUGAGUUCAUUAUGAAUUAAUAAUAAUUAAAAUUGAAACUUUGAGAUGUU